AUGAGCGAGCGCGCCGUCAAUAUCACGGCAGUGUCAUGGUGCUUUGGUGGUAUUGCCCUAGUGGUUGUUGGCGUGCGGUUGUACACACGUGUGGUUGCUCUGCGACGAGCUGGCUGGGAUGACUUCUUUAUCGCUUUGUCAUUGGCGAAUGCGGUAGUAUGCUCUUCUUUGGUUCAAGUUGGCGUUUCGUAUGGACUGGGACGCCAUUUGAGCGACAUUCCAAAUGCGUAUCAGCAACUUCAGGCGAUCAAGUAUACAGUUAUAGCACCCAACUUCUCUGUUGUCAGUACCACAACUGGUAAGAUGAGUGUGACUAUCUUUCUGCUCCGGCUCAUGGGACAAUCCGCAUCUGCACCGCAGCGAUGGUUCCUAUACAUCUUGAUGGCGGUGUCAAUAGCGUGGAAUGUGUUGGCUAUUGUGGUCAUCAUUGGAUUUUGCAGACCCCCAGAGCGUAUCUGGAACCCGAAGGCGGAUGGCUCCUGCUUCAGUCUCAACUUUCAGUUGGUUGCUGGAACAUCCCAGGCAGCCUUCAACGCAUUCAACGAUCUGGCCCUCGCUGUUUUCCCUGCUUACAUCUUUUGGCAUGUCCAACUCGCCUUUAAGAUGAAGGUUGUAAUCAUCUCCGUCAUGGGAGCUGGUAUCUUUGCGGCGGCGGCCACGCUGGUCAAAUGCAUUCUGCUGAAGAACCUUCCUGCACAUGCCGAUAUCACCUGGUCUUGGGCCGACAUCACUAUGUGGUACACGAUCGAGAUGUACAUUAUAAUCAUCUGCGCAUCAUUGCCUACCCUCCGACAGUCCUACUCAGUGGUCUCGCAGCGAUCCCGCAAAACAUCGGCCUACACGCGCACAGAGUCUGCCCCUCGACAGAAGCCAAUCCCCCUUGUCCGUCGAGCCCCAGAUGCUUCGUUAUUUGCCACCUGUACCGAGCCGCAAGUAGACCGAGAGGACAGCCGUCAUUCUAGCCAGGAAAAGAUAUUGGAUCACGUCGAAAUACAGAAGACCACAGAAGUCCACGCCUUUCAGGAACCUCGGCGGGAGAACGAGGGGAGCACACAUUUCCCACAAUCGAAUCCCUUUCGGGGCAUUUAA